AUGGCCGUGGAUCCCCUUUCCCCCAUUGCGCCCGCGCGUUUGAGGGCACUGCUGCUUCCUGUCGGGAGGAUAAAACGCUCGAGGUUCCUUAGCUUCGCUGCAAGACUACAGGCGGAAAAUGUUGUCCGCCUGGGAGAUAUCAGCCCCAAUGCGCGACCCAAUCGAAAUAUGUUUUCACCGCUUGCAUUUCCAACUGGGAUGAUAAUAUAUGACCUUACAUUUUCCGUCCCUCCCAUAUCACAUUUAGAGUUGUUCCCAUUCGAAAUCUUCCGAGAACCCUUGGUCGUCAUAGCUAUAGCGGAUGGAGCCGAGUUGCCUGAAGAAAAUAAAGAGAGUGAGGCAGAUUCAGCCACAAGGUCCGGCGAUCGAAUGCAACCCGGGCUAGACGAACUGUUGGACGGACUGCGCUUGGUCAAGGAGAAAAACACUCGGGCUCUGGUUCACCAGCUCUUGAUCUUUGAUCGUGAGGGAGUGAGCAAGCUUUCGAGUGGUCCCGACGGUAUCAUAUGGGUUCCCCGACCUGAAGCGUCUAAGGCGACGACGAUAAAGACUGCGUUGUGUGAUAUCACGUCGAUACUGCUUUCUGAACUUGACGAGUUCGCGAAGACGAUUCAAAGCAUCCCCUUUAUUGAAUCUCCCAGAGCCUCAUCUUGGGGGCCACAUCGUGGCCCAGACUUGCGCGCAAGGCCUGCCGACAGGCUGAUUCACCGGAUGACACUGCCUGCGCAUCUCCCAUCCCACCCCAAUGAUGCACCUGAAACUUCUUUGGCUUCCAAUAAGAGCUCGCCUGGUCCGAGCGAGCAUGAGACACCUACGACCUUUGACGAAAUUACACGGUCUAUCCAGCUGGCUAACCGCGCAAGUACCUUUGGCAAACCCAACUCUCUGCCGACCUCGAAAGAGCAUAGCCGUGAUCGAAUGUCAGUGAGCGGAGUGAGUGCUACUGAUCGCACGAAAAACCGGAUCAAAGGCCGUACGGGAGUAGUGAUUGGGACCCUCUUUCUUCAGACGGGAAGAUGGCCAGACGCUCUUAAAGAAUUGGUAGAAGCAGCGACAAAUGCCAGGGCAAGCAGUGAUUAUGUGUGGCAUGCCAAAGCUCUCGAGUCAAUCCUUCUUUGUCUUCUCAUGUUUGCAUGGGCAGGCAUGGAUUUCCAGAUACCUCCGAUCUGCUACCCGGUCGCCGAUAAAUCCUCUAAAACAAUCCAAAGCAGUGCCCUUGAAGUGGGACAGUCUACGCCUGGGAACCGCAUCAUCUCCCUUCAAAAUCUCGCUAACCUCUUACCCGACCUUGCGAACAAUAUCCUUCAUCUCUACAAUCGUGCUUCCAACAUUACAGAUGAGCCGGUGCCCCAGCUUGUCUUUUCGGAGACAGUAAUCCGGCUCUCAAGGUUGCUGGUAGCCGCGCGAAUACGGGAUGGCGCUCUGGACGACAAUGCUUUGAAGCACAUCGUAAUGAACGAGCCUUUGCUGCCACUGCAUCGGCCCGAACGUCCUCGUGGCUUGAUCAUCCUCCGCCAGUCAGAGAUUGCGAGUUUCCUGUUCCGUGCUUUGCCACUCUCCCCUAGCUCAGAUCUGCCUGCAACAGAUACUAUACCGAUUAUCGUUGGAGUCGUGUCUGUACUGAAUGCGCUUGAUCUACCGCGGAAGAAAGCAUUCAUUUUGCGGGAAUUCCUUUCGAUAAUAGUCCCAACUCUCGUUCAGGCUCGCAAAAUCGGUGCUGCAGAAGUUGGGAUUCACCCCGCCGCUGGGUUGGCAUCGCUCAGUGAUACGGCAUUUGAUAUCAACGCGCUUGAUGUUGGAUCAGGGAAUAUGGAAAGUAGUAUGCGUGCCCUUUUGGGCCUCAUAGGGGAGAUAUAUGGUGUUCAACCAUCUCCAUUCUAUGAGUGGGAGAAGAAACGUUCCUCGACUGCAAGUGGGACGGGCCCAAUCCCUGAGUAUGACUCUAUCGCGGCCAUUAUUGAGCGGUCAUUUCGCCAUGUGGCCCUGGACAGAUAUGGUGACCUGAACUUGAAAAUAGACGCUCUCAAAGCGUGCAUCAACUGCUGCGAGGCGCUUCCUGAUUUCACCGGUGUUCUCCGGUUCACAGUUGAACUGCUCCAAACCAUUCGGGGAGACCUGAUGCUUGCUGAAAAUUAUUACCAGCCUCCGUUUCUGCCGCAAGACGAGCAGGUUCGCCUAUUGAACAAUAUUAAACGAACAGUGGGCGCUGCUCAUAAGCUUGGCGCUUCAGAUCUAGAAGCAGAAUACUGGGAUGACUUCCUCGUGCGUGACGUACGGCUCCUUGCUCUACCUGACACUAAGAGACCUGUUCGACGUUCCAAGUCACACCUUGACGUGGUCUCAGGCAACGGCGACAAGCCAUCAAAAGACCCAUUCUUAUACAACCCAUUUUCUAAAACAAGCAGUAAAAUCUCGGAGUCGCUCAUGAUCGCCGGUGAGCAUGCAGCAUUCACAGUUACUCUUCAAAACCCCUAUGAGUUUGAAAUCGAGAUCGAACGGAUUCGUCUGCAUGGUGAAGGUGUGCCAUUAGAUGCUGUUGCAGAAUGGAUAAUUCUUCCACCGCUUUGUCUACAAGAAGUGACGGUUAUCGGAACUGCGCCUACAGAAGGGACAGUUAAUAUCACCGGCUGUAUUGUUAAAGUGCGAUAUUGCAGGGAACGCAAAUUCCCGAUUUUCAAGGAAUUCUGGAAACCAGAGAUUGAAGCGAAGUUCAAGCGAACGGGUCUCGCGGCUAAAAAACCUUUGACAGAUCGGCCGCUGUCGUGGAGCUCAACCACUUCGAAAGAUGGGAAACAGCAGCCGAAGAAAGGCCCCGAGACGAUGUCCUGUGAAGUCAAAGUCAUUGGCCAACAGCCGUCCCUUGUGAUUGAGUCGAUGUCAUUGUCGCAAUCAGCGGUGAUGGUGCUGGAAGGAGAAACCCAGUCCUUCGACAUCACGCUGCGUAACACGUCAAGUUGCCCCCUUGACUUCAUAACUUUCACGUUUCAUGAUUCCACUACGAGACAGAUUCAAUCCGCGCUGACAAACAAAGACCUGCUGCCGGUAGAAGUGUACGAGUUGGAACUGCAAUUAUCUACGAAACCAGGCCUGCGGUGGCGCCGACAGGGUUCUUCACCGGACGACCUUGUCAUUGAUGCGGGACAAAGUGCGACGUUUUCUCUCGACAUCGUUGGCAAACCGGGCUUGCAAGAUACGACUGUGCAGAUUGAUUAUUCCUAUAUUGGGCUUUCCAACGGCCAAUUACCGGAGGUGUUCUACACGCGGCAGUUGUUCAUACCGCUUACCGUGACGGUGAAUGCUAGCAUUGAAGUGGCUCGUUGCGACAUCUUACCUUUUAGCAGUGACUUCGCAUGGCGGAACAGCCAGGGAUUGGAGCUGGACUCUGUCGGGAACAGCUCCACGGACAACGACCCAUUUGCCCCAGUGCUAUCUCAACUGGGACGAGGCGCAUACGGGUACGACCACUGCAUCUUGCUACUUGAUUUGCGAAACGCCUGGCCGAAUCCUUUGUCAGUCACUUUACAAGUGAGCGAGCAGCCAAUGGAAGGGGAUUCUGCGGAGGAAGUCACUCCCAAGGUUGGACAGUACACCAUCACGGGAGAGCUACAGCCGGGUCAGAUCUCGCGCUUUGUUCUUGUCCUCCCUUGUGUCUACGUGGACAAUCCACAUGCUUCGAUACCGGUUCUGAAUACUGGAAUCAAGAGGCAGUUUGUCGUGAGUGCAAACAAGCUCACCUUCGAGGCAGAAGCAGCGUCACGGGAGGCUUUCUGGUUCCGGGAGGAACUGCUCAAAAGGAUCUCUGGCGUCUGGAAAGAGAGCACCACGACUUCUGGCCACAAGGGAGUCAUUGAGCUAAGAGGUAUACGAAUGAACGCGCGGAUGGUGGACGCCUUUCGGCUCGAAGCCAUGGAUAUCAGCUUUUCCCUGAGCCCCUCCUUUCCGAAACAGAAGGCAUCUACCGCGGAAAGCAUUGAUGAAGUGAUGCAGAUUGGGCGGUCAAAAUAUAAGGUACAGACCGACGAGAUGCUCGAUCUCACCGUUACCGUCCGGAACCGCUCCUCAAAGCCAAUCCAUCCACUUCUCCGGCUCCAACCCAGUCUUCGCCACCAACCCAGUAACGUUGCUCUUGAUCUUUCGAGGAGGCUGGCCUGGACCGGCAUGCUGCAGCAAGUGCUGCCUAUCUUGCCCAGUGGAGAGGGCACUAGUGUCACCAUUGGAGUUACCAUCUUCUGCCACGGAGAGUACGAAGUCGGUGCAAGUAUUGAAGAAGUGCGAACCCUGAGAUCGACGCCUGGAUUGGAGAAGGAUCAGAAGCCGGCGGACGAUGCGCCCGCACUACACGAUGAUGAGGCCAUCAGAGACUCGUUUGGAUUAGACGUUACUCGAAGAAGACGGAUCUGGCAUGCCAGAGAGACAUGUAUCAUGCAUGCUUGUGAUUAA